CUAGUAGUGUCCUUUUCUUCAGGAGGCACAGCUGCGUCCUUCCCAGUUUGAGGAACUGUCUCGUUUAGGAAUGCGAGAUGCACCCCUCAUGUUGCGCAUUUCCGAUCGCUUUUUUUGUUGAUCAGCGAGUUAGUGGUUGACCGCCGGUUCACACUGACCCGCCGCGCCGUUUGCAGCGCCAUGGGAACUGGAGCCUCUGCCGCAACUGGGAUGGCAGCAGCGGUGAACAAGAUGGAGGAUGCUGAACUGAUGGGUGUUGUGGAAAACCUGGACAACGACACCUGCGAGGUCAUCCAGAAGGCCAUCAAUGCCAAGCUUGUCGUUCCCAGCGAAAUGAUGAAUGCAAUCUGGAAAUGGGACAAGUUCAGUGUGAAGAACCAUUUGCUAGAGCAGGGGGUGAAGUGCGAGUGCUCAGGAAAGGAGCUCCUGAAGGGAGAAGGCAAGUUUGAAAGUGCUGAAGACGAGGCGAAGGCAGACGCCUUCAUCAAGAAGACGGCGCUUGAGUUUAUGAUGGAACAAGUGACUGCUCACAGGCCAUUUGUGCCACCAGCCUCAGCGGCCCAGCAUUGUGUCUAUUUGUGGGACUAUGACCAGACGGUGGAUUUCUUGCAGGAAGACAACAUUUGCUACCGCGCAAUGCCUGGCAAGAAGUUGCUCCUCUCUGGCAACAUGGAGAAGUCUCAAUUCAGCGAGGAGGAAUGGGAGAGCACUGUCGAAAGGUUGGGAGUGAAGGCAAAGGAGUUCAUGGUGGCUAUGGCUGAUGUGUGAGCUGAGUGGGAAACUUGUGUAACUCUUUGCAACUUGGCUGGCCAUUGGCAAAGCCAUUGGCGUUUGGCUUCGAUGUUCCUCGCAAUCCCAGCAUCGCACCAUAAAGAGG